AUGUCUGCCAGUACUGAGAGCGAACAAGUCGAUCCGACAAAUGUCGGUCCUUCGAUUCAAAAGACUCUCAAACCCAUAACUGAGAAAAAAUUAGCCAAGUUUCAAGAAGAACAGAGAAAGACUGGAGUCGUAUAUUUAUCUCGAAUACCGCCUUUCAUGAAACCUCAAAAAGUGCGUUACCUGUUACAAGCUUACGGAGAGAUAGGAAGGAUAUACCUGGCACCUGAAGAUCAAAAGGUUCGACAAAGGCGAAAAAAGUUUGGCGGAAAUGGGAAGAAGAAUUACACUGAAGGCUGGGUGGAGUUUUUGGACAAAAAGGUUGCGAAAGUUGUAGCGAAUAUGUUGAAUGCUAAACCAAUUGGCGGGAAGAAACGUUUUUAUUAUCAUGAUGACUUGUGGAAUAUCAAAUACUUACCAGGAUUUAAAUGGGAUCAUUUGACCGGGCAGAUAGCAUACGAAAAGGCAGCAAGAACUAAGCGACUUCAAAUGGAAAUUUCACAAGCUCGACGAGAGAAUAAGGACUAUAUUAAGAAAGGCUUUGUCGACCGAAUUCUACAAGGAAGUCAGGAUAACAAGCUCGGACGCAACAAAAUCGGGGACAAAAAUAUGUUCAACAAAACCUUUUCUUUUUCCAUGGUAGAUUCAGAUGAACUAGAAAAAUAA